CUCGCGUCAUGCGCAGGGUCGGAAACGCGGAAGCAAAGCGCGAGCACAUUCCACGUCACUUGAGGUGGAUUUAGCGAGAGCGAGGCAGGAUUCUGACAUGAGAAUUUAGCGCUUUGACGUGAAACUCGCCGGAUGUGAUGCCACGAGCAUUGCGGCUUCACGCUCAAACUGACAGCGAAGGGAAUCUCAGCGGCUUGUAAACAGAGCUUUCAUCUCAAGAGUGUCUGAUCUGGUGCUCGAUCUUAAUGGGCGAAUCAGGGACACGCCGCUCCACCCUGGUCUCCAGGCUUCCCAUCUUUAGACGUAGUGUGCGAAAGAGGCAGGACUCGCUCCCCUCCUCGCCCUCCUCCGGUGGUGUCGGCAAUGGCGUCCACACUUCCUCUCCCUCCAGCACCAACUCCAGCUCCAGCAGCACGAGCAAGCGCCGCAGCUUCUUCCACACACCGUCCCUCAGCUUCCACUGCAAAAGAAACAGCGACCCGACCCAGCUCAGCCUGGACAAUCGUAGCCAGGGAUCUGAAGCCACCUUUCAAAAUAGUUCCAUCUCAAAGACGCGCCAUUCAUUUGGAUUUGGCAGACAUAAAAAGAAGAUCCCCCGAUCUCAGACGGAAGACCUUGAGAAAACGUCCACCAAUCGCAGCAUGUUUAUUAAUUGCAUCAGCUCAGGGACCAAUGAGGGAGAUGAUUCAGGGUUCCUUGAUGAUGUGAGCAGCAAGAGGUCUUCCAAGCAUAAGAAGCAGCUGCUGCCCAAAUCCUUAUCAGCUCACCAACAGUUUUCUAAGAAUUUGUCCAAUGUCCCAGACCAGGGUAAAGGCCAGGAAGCUGUGGAAGAUCCUCCUAAAACUGGUACCCCAGGUUCCUGGCCUGGAGAACUGGUUGAGAGUUCUCUACAGUCGCCCAUGAUCUCAGAAGACCGCACCACGGCAGUAACACCAUCCGAUUUUGUUCAUGUUACCGAAGACUCCAUUUCGGAAGUGGAUGCUUUGCCAGCCCCAAGUCCAGCUGCUCCACCAGAAAACUUAAGCCAAGCUGUUUCUACCUCACAGGUGUCUUUAACCCCAGCCCAGGCCAGCACGGAAAAGCACUUACUGCCAGAUACCAGCCACACAGCCAACACACAGUGCGAGAGCACCACUGCCCAUACCGAACCUGUGACACUGCAAACAGUGAAAGAGCUGAACCUUGACACUAACCCUGACCAGUCAGAGGCCAGUGAGAAUGAGCAAGCUCCACAACUGAGUGAGGACAGCAGCUCCAAUCCAGGCGCCCGUGAGAGGCGGUCCAGGAACACUGUGCUCAUCCAGCAGGCAGGAAGAUCAUCAGGCCUGAGCAAACUGGAGACCAGGCCAAGUCACCUGAGAAAGCCGCACACAGUGUCCAUGUGCAGCAGCGUGAGCCCGUACCAUGAGGUGAUGCGCAUGGAGAGACGUCUGCGGUCGGCCUCUGAGGGUGCAGGAGGACCCAGACUUCACCUCAACCUCAGGGAUCCUAACUGCAUGGAGGGCAACACUUUAUCCAAGCAGAGAACCAGUUCCUCAUCUUCUAAACUGGGCAGCCUGGAUGUUUUGAAUAACCUUGGCUCAUCUGAGUUGGAUGAGGAUGACCUGAUGCUGGAUCUCGACCUCUCGGAUGACCAGCGACCUCACCAUGCCCCACGGGAGAAUUCCAGUCAAUCCCUUGCAUCAUUCCUCAACCUGCUGCCUUCACCCCUCGAGGCCUCCACCGACCGGACCCCUGGAAGAGAUCCCAAGGAGCCCCCCCUCAGGGAGCAGCGGCCGAUGUCCCUCGGUCUGUCUCGUGAUGAUGAACCUUUGCCCGGGCUGGAAGCACUGCCGUUCAGGCUGAUGCAGCAGGACUGCACAGCGGUAAAGACUCUUCUGCUGCGGCUACGCAGGACCCUGCAGGAGAGUUCUGAGAUCAGUCCUGCCAGCAGCCUGCACUCUCUACCCAUAAGCCCCUGCAGUGAGAAAUCACUCCCCUUUAAGGAUCCUGGGAGAGAAGAGAAUCAGUUCCUGCAGCAGCAGCUGAAGGAGAAAGACGAGCUCAUUGUACGACUUCAGGCUGAGUUGGGAUCCACCCACAACGCUCUGAAGUCUCUUUGCCAAAAAGCUGACAAAAGCACUCAGACAGAUUUCUUGCUCUCAGAGGCAAUCCAUCCAAGUCGACCCACAGGCCAAAACAGCAACAUUCCCAGCAGCAGCCUCACAAGGGAGCGAAGGCCGGCGCGAAUGUUCGCUGCGGACCAGCACAGUCGGCCUUGUGAAGAGAGGGCUUGCAGCAAUGGUGGAGUAGGAUUGAGGGAGUCACUACGGAGAGCUGAAGGUGGGCAGUCCUUAUCUGAGGUAUCCGGACCUCACAAGACGGAGCACCCGGGGCCCUCUCAGAUCCCUCGCGCCGUGGCCGGCAGCAGCUUGAGUCUCCCCAGCAAGGCCAGUCCCUCACGCAGUCUGUCCUCGGACAGCGAACGGGGGCCAUGGAGCGAGCGAGGCCCUAUUCCCAGGCUUCAGUCCUCCUUUACCGGCCGUCUGGGUCAGCCGCCCCGUGGGCCUCUGUCUUUACACAUGUACAGCCGAAAGAACGUCUUCCUACAGCACUCACUCCAUACAGCCGAACUGCAGGCUCUCGCUCAGCAGGACGGUUGAAAACACACACACCGAACACUGACACAUGCCUCAGAUGGAUACGAGUUCCUCAGUGACCGCGAGUACCUUUAGAUCCACGUGUACUCGGAUACAUUCAAAGCUAAUUUUCCUCUCAAACCUCAACCGAACUUUAGCCGCACACCGAGACUCUUCUUAUCCUUUGUGGAGUUAAAGUAAUCAUCUACAGUAUAUUAAGUGUCAAAACCAAUCUGUAGUCUGCACUACUUAAGCCUUUUUGAAGAACUAGUAUAUGCUGCUCCAGUAAGUACUUUAGAUUGACGGUCCAUUAAGGUGAGAGAUUCACUCGCUACAUUAUCACAUUGUACAGUUCUGCUGAAAUGCUAGAGGAUGUCAACAUUUUGCAUUCCAUUAUAUCAUUAAAAGAAAUUCAGGGUCCAACAUUAA